AUGUUUUAUUAUCGUCCUGUGAAGGGGAAUCCCGGAAACUCCACACGAGCGGUCACUAUGAAAAUCCUUGUGCUACUCGGCAGCCUUGGGCUAGUGGGGUGCUUGGUAGCUUUCUCCCACCGUAUCACCAGUGCCAGUAUAAAGCAGGUGCAGGAUGACGCGGAUUCGGUAAAGUCGAGCAUGGAAGGUUUGCGGAGGGAUGCUGAACAGCUGGAUGCAAAUCUUCGCACCAUUCACGAGGAUUUGAAAAAAGCUGUCGGCGCCCAGAGGGAAGAUCGAAAUCAAGUUAUGUCCCUCACUGAUAGCCUAGGCGGUUUGGACCUCGCACAACUGAACAAGAAGCUCACUUCCCUGCAAGAGGAAGCCACCCGGAAGUUCUCUUUGUUGGAGAGAGAAAUCGCACAGACAAGAGAACAGAGUAGAAGCUUUGUGAACGAGGUGUCGAAUGGAAAGGUCGAUCAUAUGAGGCUUGUGGAAGACCGUAACGAUCUUGAGGGCCGACUAGCAGCUGCCGAGAAGAGACUGGCAGAUCGUUUGACGGCACUCGAAGAACUGGAGAAAUCCAGACAUAACCCGAAGGAUGUCCAGGAGGCCUCUUUACUCAAACAACAGAUCCAGGCCCAAGAUGCACGAAUCAAAACUCUUCUCGCCGAGAGUGCGCAUCCAGUCAGGGCCCCUGGGCUUUUGCUGUGA